GUACUUCUUGAUGUCCCUAUUGCGUGACUCUUGGGCCUCUUCAGGAAGUUCUCCGAUCGGUAAUAAUCAAUGCAUUACAGUCACACGGCCAUUAAUGCCUCGCCACGUAUUUCUCACGUCAGAAAGUGAUUCCAUUUUGCACAAUUCAAAUUAAGAUAGUUUCGUCUAUUUUAGAACACUUCGAAGCAGGCCAGAAUUUUUCGACGUGUACACAUGCUUAGUGCGUACCGAACGACGCCUGA